GAGGCCGCUCACCUCACAACCCCAACACACUGCGAACCUCGGAAGCCCAAGAAAAGGAGAGAAGCAGAGCCCGCGCGGCGCGCCGGCGCAAGUCUCUCGGCUCCCGUCUCCUCGUCCUCGUCUCCGCGGCAGCGCCGGAAGGGAACUCGUCCAAAACAAGAAAUCAAAGUCUCAAGGAAUGCUGAAAGAUGUGCUUGCAUAGAGGAGAUUUCUUCUGUGAGGCCAAGAACAUCACCACCCUGCGAGGGCCCAUUUGGUCACCUCUUGAUGUGAGCAACCACCUUGCCUGCAUCAACUCCACCCCAUUUAGACUCCGCUAUGAUGAAUCCACCAGAGUGCUGGAUCAUGACUUCGGGGAGGCUGGCUGAAGUGUCGUAGCAUAUUUAAGUGGUAGCCACAAGAAUAUUAUUGGCUGUGACUUAUACUCUUGAAGGCAUGGAGAACAGUGGGAAGAUUGUAAUGGGGAGGUAUGAACUGGGGAGGCUGUUAGGGAAAGGAGCAUUUGGCAAGGUGCACUAUGCGAAGAACCUUGAGUCAAACCGAGGUGUCGCCAUAAAGAUGAUGGACAAGGAGACGGUGCUGAAGGUCGGGCUUGCGGAGCAGGUCAGGCGUGAGAUCACAACCAUGCGGUUGGUAGCGCACAAAAGCAUUGUUCAGCUCCAUGAGGUCAUGGCGACACGAAGCAAGAUCUACUUCGUCAUGGAGUACAUGAAAGGCGGUGAGCUCUUUGACAAGGUUUCCAAGGCUGGCAAGCUCACCGAGGGUGCUGCACAUAAGUACUUCCAGCAGCUCAUCAGUGCAGUGGAUUACUGCCACAGCCGAGGCGUAUACCACCGGGACUUGAAGCCCGAGAACCUAUUGCUUGAUGAGAAUGAAAACCUGAAGGUUUCAGAUUUUGGACUGAGUGCACUUUCAGAAUCAAAGAGGCAAGAUGGCUUGCUCCACACCACCUGUGGAUCUCCUGCAUAUGUGGCUCCAGAGGUGAUCAGCAAGGGAGGCUAUGAUGGUGCAAAAUCAGAUAUCUGGUCUUGCGGUGUCAUCCUGUUUGUUCUUGUCGCUGGUUACCUCCCUUUCCAAGGUCAGAACUUGAUAGAGAUGUACCGGAAGAUUGAAAAGGGGGAUUUCAGGUGCCCUGGUUGGGUUUCCCCAAAACUUCAGAAGCUGUUGCACAAGAUCAUGGACCCUGAUCCUAACAAGAGGAUAUCGAUCCAGAAGAUAAAGGAGUCCACCUGGUUCCGGAAAGGUCCUGGGGAGAACCUUACAGUGAAGGAGAGACUGCCAAAUGAGAAUACCACCACAGAUGCUGUUCCAACACUUGGUGUGAGGCGCAGGAAGAACAGCCAUGAAGACAGGAAGCCCCUGGCGGUGACAAAUCUAAAUGCCUUUGAAAUCAUCUCUUUCUCCACAGGGUUUGAUCUCUCUGGCCUAUUCAUCGAGAAGGAGAGCAAAAAGGAAGCAAGGUUCACUUCAGAACAGCCUGCCUCAGCCAUCGUCUCAAAGCUGGAAGAUGUCGCAAAGCAGCUGAAUCUCAGGGUGAGGAAGAAGGAUAAUGGUGUCGUCAAGAUGCAAGUGAGGAAGGAAGGCAGGAAUGGUGUUCUUCAGUUUGACUCGGAGAUCUUCGAGAUCAGCCCCUCGUACCAUCUCAUUGAGAUGAAACAAACGAGCGGUGAUUCUCUGGAGUACCAGAAGCUAUUGGAGGAGGGCAUCCGGCCAGCACUCAAGGACAAUAUGGGCCUGGCAUGGGGCUGAUGGUUAGCAGGAGCAUCAAGUGUAGCUUUAGAUGUCUCAAUUGUUAUGUUUACUUACGCAUUUUUUUUACAUUUUUAAGCUCGAGUAAUUGUGUUAUGUACUCUACAUAAGUGGGCUCUUUGUCACAAAUAAAUGGUUCCAUUUUUCUGUA